UCUCUUCCUCCAUGUUUAUAUAAGCCAACGCCACUCCACAAACCAAGCUGUAAAGCAGAGGAGGAGAAUAAGAAGAAGAAGAAUAUUCUCUCUUCCUUUUUCGUCACCUUCUGCCUCGAAAACCCAUUUUUUGUAAUAUUAAAAAUGGCGAAAAUUGCUUUGGGAUGUUGCUCGGAGGUGACCAAGCCGGACUGCAUCAAGGCCCUCGUCGUCGAGUUCAUCGUCACCUUCCUCUUCGUUUUCGCCGGCGUCGGCUCCGCGAUGGCCGCCGGACUGGUCGCAGAUAAGCUAGAGGGAGGGGCGCUGGCGGCGCUGCUGUUCGUGGCGGUGGCGCACACAUUCGUGGUGGCUGUGAUGAUCUCCGCAGGCCACAUCUCCGGCGGUCAUCUCAACCCUGCCGUCACCAUAGGCCUUCUGUUCGGCGGUCACAUCACCGUCGUCCGGUCGGCUUUCUACUGGGUUAUCCAGCUGCUCGCGUCGUCGGCAGCCUGUUUGCUUCUCAAGUAUCUCACCGGAGGAUUGGUGACGCCGGUGCACACACUGGCAAGUGGAGUUGGGUACGGGCAAGGCAUAGUGUGGGAGAUAGUUCUGACCUUCUCCCUACUCUUCACAGUCUACGCCACAAUGGUUGACCCCAAGAAGGGCUCACUCGACGGCUUCGGCCCACUGCUCACUGGGCUCGUAGUUGGAGCCAACAUCUUGGUUGGUGGCCCGUUCUCUGGGGCUUCAAUGAACCCAGCAAGAUCUUUUGGGCCUGCUCUCGUGGCUGGGGUAUGGACCGACCACUGGGUUUACUGGGUUGGGCCUCUCAUCGGCGGUGGGCUUGCUGGCUUUGUCUACGAGAACUUCUUCAUCGUCAGAUCUCACAUCCCCAUUUCCAGUGAAGAUCCUAUUUAUUAACUGCGGGGAGAGCAGUACAAUAUUUGAGCGAGGCAGCAGUAAAAAAAAGGCGUCAAGUUCCUGUAGACUAUGAUUGUGUGAUUUGUAGUACGACGUCGUGCAAUCGUGUUGGUUGUGGUGGUAAUUAUGUACCUUUGGUUUCGUGUAAUAAUUACCGUGUCAGUAUGUACUCUAGCUCUACCAUUUCAUCACAAGACAAGAGUUUACAUGAAUUCUGGUUCAGUAAGUUUUGGUUAUAGGUUUCACAGUUUCAGAGAAAAGGGAUACACAACUUAUAAGAAGCA